AUGCGUUACACUUCUGCUCUGGUGCUGGGCACCCUCGCUGCCGGCCAGGCUGCCGCCCAUACCAUCCGUCACGCCGAAUUUCACGCCCGCAAGGCCGCCGAAGCCAAGCGCGACCUCCAGGACGUCGACUGGUCCAAGGUCGACUACUCGAGCGUCGACUGGUCCAAGAUUGACUGGGAUGCCGUCUUCAACAAGAAGCAGGCCGCUCCCGGCCCCGAGCCCUCCAACUCCCCCGAGCCCACUCCUGCCCCGAGCCAGGACAAGCCCAAGGUGCAGGACAAGCCCGAGGAGAACAAGAGCCCCAUCCAGGCCAUCGGCGACUUCCUCGAGGGCCUGACCGACGGCAUCGAGGACUUCUGCAAGCAAAAGGGCAUCUCCAACCCGGGCAAGAACGACAAGAGCCCCAACGGCGGCAUCUGGCUCGGCCACUCCGAGUGGUCCGCCAACUUCCACAACGCCGGCAAGGAGGACGUCUGGGUCACCUGCUGGAAGGAGAACUCCUUCACCGGCAUGACCAUCAACGUCAACCAGCCCGAGAUCCUCAUCAAGAUCCCCGUCGGCGGCAACCAGACCGUCUCCUUCGCCCCCAAGGUCGCCUCGGCCUGCGCUCCCAUCUACUCCGACACCCAGCUCGCCAACUUUGGCGGCGUCAACAACCCCUGGUUCGAGGCCAACUUCGGCCCCACCGACGGCUCCUUCGUCGGCACCUUUGACGUCUCCAAGAACGUCAACAUGAACGGCGACAUCAUCGAGGCCCACGGCUCCAAGUGCGUCUCCGACAUGAACACGUGCGUCUUCGAGUGCAAGGACAAGAGCGUCCAGUCGUGCACCACCGGCUACGAGCUCAGGAACUGCGGCGCCAGCAACGGCGGUGGCCAGGGC